AUGCUCCGAAAAUUCCUUGCAAUUCCUUCCGUCUCCUCCGCUCCCGCAUUGGUUGCCGCCCUUCCACAGGUCAAUGUUACGGGUGCUUCAAUAGAGAAUUCUCCACCCACUUCAGCUGAUCCACGAGCAGUCAAAAAUCACGAAGCGUCCACAAAUGUUUCAUUGCAAAGAAAGAAUCCAACUUCUCUACCAUCAUGUUUACUCGAUCGAGGCAUCAAGAUCGAGAAAAUCAUGAAACUCUUUUUCGUGAAAAAUGAGCUGGUGGGGCUGUGCAAAUACACCGUCGAAAAGAUUAAAGAGGUAGACCCACAGGCUCUCCUCCGAGCAUACGAGCCAUUAUUCUGGGACACGCAGACCAACGGC